GCCUGGGAAGCAUUGCACACACACACAGUCCCAUAUCGCCCCAAGUUGACCAGAAAAUUGCCGUCAAAAUCAUUGGAAUAAAUGUCAUUUGCCACAAAAUCAAUUAAAUUCAACAGAGCUUGGAACUUCUUAACAUCAUGAUCAGUGGAAAGGAACAACUUUGACUGCCUACUAGUACUACUGCAGUUUUCUUUGAGUAAACAGUCGCUUGGAAUCUGGACUGGAGUCGGUAAAUUUAUUGUGAAAUUUACCGAAGAAGAGGGUUGCGGUUGGACUGAAGCAUACCGGAGUUUUUGUGCUGUGGACCCGUUGAAAAUCUCCUUGGUGUAGGACCUCUAUCGUGGCCUCUCGGUCUGGUGUUGUGGCCUAUAAAAGCAACAUGUCGGGUGGGGGAGAAUCGGUGAAGGUGGCCGUGAGGGUCCGACCAUUUAACACAAGGGAGAAGGAACGAGGAGCGAAGCUGGUUGUUGAAAUGGAAGGAGCAACAACAAGACUUCUCAGUGUUGAUGGAGGUGAAGAACCCAAAACAUUCACAUUUGAUUACUCCUACUGGUCACAUGACGGCUUCACAGAGCAGGAUGAUGCUGUUUUAGCUGCGAACCCCGGCAGUAAAUACGCAUCUCAACAAAAUGUCUUCAAUGAUCUCGGCCAAGGUGUCUUGGACAAUGCCUUCCAAGGGUUCAACUGUUCACUGUUUGCGUACGGCCAAACAGGAUCCGGAAAAUCCUACUCCAUGGUCGGCUAUGGACCAAACAAGGGUAUUGUUCCCAUUACCUGUGAUGUCCUGUUCCAGACAAUAGAGAAGAGUCAGGGUGCUGUGAAAUAUGAGGUCACCUUCUCCAUGCUUGAGAUUUACAAUGAGCAGGUUCGUGACCUUCUGCAGAAGGUCAACCCAAAGGGAGGCUUAGCAGUUAGACAGAAUCCCAAGGAAGGGCUCUUCUACGUCCAAGCACUGAAGAAGGUUGCUGUGGGUAGCUACAGAGAAAUUGAGAGCAGAAUUGAAGAGGGUACGUCCAAUAGAACUGUCGCAGCCACCCAGAUGAACGCAACUAGCAGCCGAGCUCACACGGUCGUCACUAUUCAGUUUGACCAAAUCAGCAAGAACGAAUCUGGACAGGAGACCAAGAAGACUAGUGUUAUCAACCUGGUAGAUCUCGCAGGUAGUGAACGUGCAGACAGUACUGGAGCCACUGGUGACAGACUAAAAGAAGGAGCUAAUAUCAACAAAUCAUUGUCUUCACUUGGAAACGUCAUCUCUGCUUUGGCAGAUCUCUCCAUGGGUAAAAAGAAGGUGCUUGUUCCAUACCGUGACUCAGUGCUCACCAAACUACUGCAAAAUGCCCUGGGUGGUAACAGCAAAACUAUCAUGAUCGCUGCCCUUUCUCCGGCCGAUAUUAACCAUGACGAGACUUUGGGCACCUUACGCUACGCUGACCGUGCCAAGAAGAUCAAGAACAAAGCCGUGGUUAACGAGAACCCGGUGGAGAAGUUGAUUCGAGAGCUGCGAGCGGAAAACGAGAGACUUAAGACUGCAAUGUCUGGAGGGACACUACCAUCAGCAGCCGACCAAAGCAGUGUCAACAUGUCCCCGGAAGAGAAAGAGAGAAUGAGGCAGGAAAUGAUGGAAGAGAUAAAAGCCCAGCUAUCGGCCAACCAAGAAGCCAUGGAAGACUUUGACUGGGACAAGAAGCAUGCCCAACAAAAAGAGGACGACCCAAGUGGUUUGACUGAUAAAGCCGUCAUGCAAUCCCGCAAGAACAAAGAACCUUACUUUGCCAACUUGAACGAGGAUAAUAUGCUGAGCGGCGUGGUCUUUUACUUCUUGGCUGCCAGCGAGACGACGAUUGGACGCAAAGAUGCCGACCCUCAACCAACCGUUAUGCUGAGUGGCCUCAGCAUCUCCAAGAAGCACGCCAUCAUCACCAACGUUAAUGGGGAGAUCACCCUCAAGCCUUACAGCUCAAGCUGUAAGAUCAAAGUCAAUGGUCUUCCCCUGACAGGAGCCCGCAAUCUGGAACAUCUUGACCGUGUCAUGUUCGGCUCCAACCAUAUGUUUGUCUUCCACAACCCCAUCAAUCCCAAGGCGCCCGAGGGGACACCCAACAAUAUUGAGUGGGAUUUCGCCCAGAAGGAGUUGGCCGAAGCUAGGGGAUUGACGGCGGGUGGGAACCUGACAAAAGAUCAACAGAGGGCGCAGGAUCAAAUCUUAGAAUUGCUGCCGAUGGUGAAUGAGGUGAAUGCAGUCAGUGAAGAGCUGGACAAACACAAAGGCUUUGAGAUUGUACUGCUUAGUGAAGAGGCACAGGAAGGAAAUAACAGAGAGACAAAAGUCAUGGUAAAGAUGAAGGAUCUUCUGAAUCGGAAUAGUUGGCUUUGGGAAAGAGGAAAAUUUAUCAACCGUCGCUACGUCAUCCAGGAUCUGUACCAAAGAUACAUCGAUGGCGAUGAGGGCAUUAUGAACAUCCCUAAGGAGGAGGAUCCAUUCUGGGAGCCAGCAGAAGACGUCUUAAUCGGCACGGCAAACGCCUUCCUACAGAGUCUGGGUUUCAACCUAGACUUUGAUGGCAAGAUCACAGUUACUGACUUCAAGGGUAAAGAGGAAGGUUCGCUGAUUGUGUGCAUUGAACCAUGUGACCAGAAAGGUAAAUCCAUUGAAGAAGAUGACUUUGUAGACGAACCCAAUGAGCUCUUGGGUAAACCCUAUCACUUUAAGGUGUCCAUCCGUAACGGUGAGGUCCACAAGUCCCGCUUCUCCAAAGGGCUGAAAGUGAAGUACAAGUGUUACAACGAGCAAGAGUUCACCCUAACCAACGAGAUCAAAGACACGCUGUCGCCGGAGUGGAACCAUAGUAGGAUCGUCUCCAUCCCGAGUGUCACCGAAGACGUCUUGGCGUACUUCGAGAACUCCAGCAUCAAGUUUAGUUUAUACGGCAAACAGAUCGACUCGGCACCAGAUUCUAAGCUCUCGAAACUCACAACAAAGGAGCUGCGUCAGAUGGAGAACAUGCAGGAUUCAGGGAGGAAGACUCGAAUCGGCUCCAUGGCUCCAGAGGGUGAUGGACAAGAUGAAGCUGGGCAGAUCAAAGGAGAACUAUUGCUCCUUAAAAGGAAAUAUGAGAGAUUGGAGAAGAAAGAGAGACGAUUACAGGAGAUUUGCAAGCAGUGGGAGGACAAACCGAGAGAAGAGCAGUUGUUUGAUCCGUUCUAUCGAUCGGUCUCGGCCGUAGCGUACAGCACAGGGUCUAAACUGAAGACUCGAGUGCACAUGCUGAAUAAAAUGAGGCAAAUUCAAGAAAAAACAACAGGAAAAAAGUCACAAGUUUGCUCACUCAUGUAGUAGGGCUAGUAGCCGUUACCGUAGAACCAGGUGCAGCAUAAACUUCCCUAAGUCCUUUGAAGCAAUAAUCUUAACCAUCCUCUGCAUGUUCUCUGUUCUUUUUUCUCUCUACAUAAUUGGUGCUCUUGACUCCUUUAUCUGUUGUUAUACUCUUCACUAAAACAAUCCUACAACUUCAUUGGCUUAAUUUCGUUCAGCUACAAAAUUUGCAAUGCGCAGGAAACUAUUGGCAUUCGAGUUGUCCAGGAUUACUUUUUUUCCACCUCAUAUUCUUUUCUUGAACACAAACCUCAACAUCUUAAAGACGGCAUCUCGCUUCAAACUUUUGCAUUGCUCUCAUAUUCUAAAAUGACCACUCAGCUUUUUAACAAAUAUACUGCCUAAUCACAUGCUUCAACUGUUGUAAUCAUCUUUGACUCACUGCAUUCAAUCAUCGGAUGCUAGGGUGCUGAAUUCUUGUGAAUUUAAGGGGUCUUAAAUUUGAGCAAUAUCAGAUCUGCAAAAGGUGACGGCAAGACGGUGUCUCUAAUGCAGAACACUCAGCUAACACACUUCAAUUUCCUUUUCACACUUCUUUAGAUAAUGUCAAAUAUUUUCUGUUUGUGAAAUUGUUGAAUGUCUUGUUCCCGAUCUUCUCUGGAUGUGUUUUGUUUUGUUUUGAAGCAUGUACUAAUCAGCAUUCCAAAUAGUGGGAGGGAUAUCGUCAAACCAAUUCUAGGCUCAAUUUUAUGACUCUGAUUACGGUGGAACUCUGCUCUUACAGAAGUAUGCACUUCACAUGCAGUAAGCAAAGAGUUCGGAGGUAAGAAGGGCCAUGAAAUUGGGUCCUGCUCUUAUCAGCUGUUUGCACCUCUGACUGGUGCAUGUGAUAUUUCUUUUUUUUAAGUGAAAUUGGCAUCAGGGGAUAAAGAAUAUUAUUGUUAUAUCAUCAGUUCUAUUGUGUACAUCUACAUUUGUAAAGGAUUAAAACAAUUGAACUGUUCCAAAAUCCAAAUGCAUACUUUCUCUAAUGUUCUGGAAACAUUUCAAUUUGAACUGGUGUUGAAGUUGGCUGUGAAAGGACAUAGAACUAACUGCAUCGGAUCUAUUGUUUUGCAUAACAUCUGUUUCAAUCAGUGGAGAAACAAGAGAAGGGGGUAUGGGGGCAGGUGUCUCUCAAAACCCCCUCCCCUCUUGCCCGCAAAACAAGAUAAAAUAAAUGCACAAAUGAAGGGGUUGCUACAUAAAUUAGAACCCCUAAAAAAUACAAACUUAUAGUAAAUAAAUAACAAGUAAAUAAAUAAAUCACACAAACAUUAUAAACACUGAAUACAAUCACGUGCACAGCCUGUUAAAAAAAAACAAAUAAAAAACAUUUCUCUCUGUCUUAUUUUAAUUUUAAAUGGGUUUUUUCCCGGACUGACUCUGAUGUACUCUCUUGCUACAAAUCCUAAAGCCUCUCUCUAUCUUGCCUUGCUACAAAUCCUAAAGCCUCUCUCUAUCUUGCCUUGCUAACUCAAUCACAAACUAAAACCUGCUUUUCCUUUAUAGCCUCACUUCUGCUGGGAAAUAUAAACAAAUAAAUAAGUCCACUUUAACUAACAAGCUGCCGCUGAAAAAUGCAAGCUUUGUCUUAUUUUGUAUUAUUAUUAUGGGGGUUCAGGAUGCACACACGCUUUGUCUUCUUUGCAAGCCCAGCGGAGUGUUUGUCAGUUUCAUUGAUGACAUUUUGUAUUUUUCGAUUCAGGACUCGCACAUGGCUUCCACAGUCUAAUAUUUGCGGUCAUUUGUUAUCUUUAAAAAAAAAUUUGUGGUUUCUAGGGUUGCUUUGCUUUAUUUGCAUCUAAGAUGUCAUUAAAAUAAGAUUGCGCAAUGGGCUACUCGAAGCUCAAUCCACUCAGCCGACUUCUCCUCAGAAAAAUUUGCGUUACAUUUUCAAGGAUGUUUACUUUCUGCCACUGCACACCUCUAACCUCACUAACACUAAAUCCUAAUAAACUUAUGUGAACAUGAUUGUUGUUUUUGUGAGACUGUUGAGACUGUAUCCGAAUUAAUGGCUAUAGCUGUUGCUAAGGAUAUCCUAUACUUCAAUGCAUGAGGAUGCAGCACUCAUAGCCGUAGCCGCCAAUUGGGACACAACCUGACUCUGAGAGCUUUGUCCCGAUGUGAGCCGCUUCUUUAAAAUGAGAUUGUGGUCAUCGAAUUAGAUCGUUCAUUUAAAAAAAAAUCCAACCCGCGUAAUAGGUACUCAAACUUGGCAGCCAUACCGGAUUAUUUUGAGACAAAUUCUUCUCACUCCUCUUGUUUUAUACACUUACGUUAUUAGUUAUGUUAUUAAUAUUUUAAUUGAUUUGAUUUGAUUUGACUGAGCACUACUAUUCUUUGACUAGCCCCGGUAGUUUCUUGCACUCACUCACAAUCAUUUGCACUGUUUGCGAUUUGCUGUGUUGCACGUUCCAACUUCACACACUUGCACAACCUUCGGACCUUCGUUUCUAAGCGAAAGGUCCAAAACUACCAAAUCAUACUUCACCGAUUAAACUUAUAAAUCUUGUUUGAAAAGUAUUAUCAUCUUGUUUGAAAAGUAUUAUCAUUUUGGGAGUUCCAUGUGUGUGUUUUUUUCUUUGGUUGGGGGGGGGGAGGGAUCAUAGUUUGGAGCAGAAACAUUUCAUUGACUAGUGUGCAUCUUGAAAUGUGUAUUUUGUCAUUUGUUUUAUUUAUUUAUUGGGUUUUGUUUUCGCUGUUCAUGCCAAGGUUUCAUUGUUUUGUUUGCUUUAUUUUGUUGUCAGAACACAUCAAAAUUGGUUUACAUUUUAUCAGGGAUUUGGUGAUCAGUCAUUAUCAAGCUUAUUUCUAUUGUGGCAAUUGAAGUAAGCGUUGGUUGUUUGUGAUAUUUUUGUUCAAAUGCUAUUUACUCAGCUUUGACAGUAACUCGGACGGAAGUAUGUCUCUUAUAGAUUGCUUCUGUUUUUCGUUUGAAAGUCUAAUUAGGAGGAAACUUUGUGUGAAAUUACAAGUCUACUGUCCUGGCUUUGUGGUCUUCUUGAGUCCUGUUUAUGUCUCGUCCUUUCAUGUUUGUACAUGUAUUUGUUUGUACAUUUCAUUAUUUUGAUGUGUUGUCAUGUUAUUGUCAAUUUGUGUUGAUCUGGAAUUGUUUUUAAUUGAUGUUAAAUAUGCAUCGGGAUAACAUUUGUGUUUUUACACAUAAACCGAUGUGUGUUAAGCACCGUACACUCAGUACUUUCCCCGGAGUCCUUUGAACAAAAAUCUACAGGCAUAAACAUUAUUACUCGGGUGGGAUUCAAACCCUGACACAACCUACGUGCAAGUUCAGUGGGAUAGUGGUAAGACAUAUCUAGACAUCUCAUGGGUUCGAUUCCCUUCCAAGGAAGUUGCUAGUGGAUUUUUGUCUCGGGACCUGGGGAUCAGUGCAGAGCAUACAGUGCAUAAUACACAUCGGUGUAGCGGUAAAAACACAAACAAUACACUUUAUUAUGGAGCGCUUGUGGUUGUUUUUGAUGAGGUGGAAUUUUAUGAGAUAUUAUUUUGAUGAACCAAGUUCCUUAGUUGCUUUUGGGGCAUUUUGGAACAAAGUUCAGGAAAGGGCAAAAGCCUGCGACUGGUUGGAAGGAUGUACAAAUUUGAAGUCAAAAUUCCAAAUGCCUCACUAAAAACAACCAAAAGUACUCAUGAGGAAUCUAGACCAUGAAAGGCAAAUCUUAAUUGGAGGUCGAUCUGAAUUGACAACGUUUGGCAGAAGUACAGUGAACAAUUUUGAAGGGCCCAAUUUCAUAAAAGCCAAUUUAAGCGGAAAAUAUUGCUUAGUGACAAAUUUUAUGCUCGGCAAAAGUGAGCAGGGAUACCCAUCCUAGAAGGUGAAUCAGACAAGGCACUUUGGCUGGCUGGUAACCUUAAACUGAGCGGGCUCCCCAUCCUAGAAGGUGCAUCAGACACGGCACUUUGGCUGGCUGGUAACCUUAAACUGAGCGGGAUACCCAUCCUAGAAGGUGACUCAGACAAGGCACUUUGGCUGGCUGGUAACCUUCAACUGAGCGGGAUACCCAUCCUAGAAGGUGAAUCAGACAAGGCACUUUGGCUGACUGGUAACCUUAAUCUUGUCAGCUAAACUGUAUUGUGCUUAGCAGCUUUUUUAUUUGUGUUAAGCAGCUCUGUGAAAUUAUGCCCCGGGGGAGAGGUUGUGAAGACAUUGAUUUCGUCCAUGUAGUAAAAGUGGCGAGAGUGAGGGAAACUAUAUGUGAGAGGUUGAAGACAUUGAAAAGGCGAUGAAUCUUGACAGAAAUACUCUCUCUAUAUAUAUACUAAACUAAAAUGUUGACAAGUUUGGACAAACCUCUUUCAGUUUGUAAAAUCAAUUUUCUUGGUUCUUAUGCUUUUGUUUUGUCUUCUUUUA